CAGGUGAUUCCUAAGGGGACUUCAAGCAAACCCGAUUCUAGAUCGAGUCAAAUCAAAGCUUUUGGCUUCUUAAGGGAGAAGGGCCAGAAGAGAGAGAGGAGAACCACAUUUUUUGUCGCGCGCCGAGAAAUGCUAGGAUCCAGGACCGGCAGUCCUUGGAACCGUAUCUGCCACUGCCAUCUCCGUGCGCCAAGCUCUCCGCAUGUCGAAGGGCCUCUGUGGACAAACACGACGCUUCGCCACUGCUUGAUGCACUAAGACGCGUCCUCGUCCUCGUGGCCUCCCGUCGGCCGUCGCAGUGCCGCCUCCGCGGCCGGCCGCCUCCGCAGGGCCUCUGGCGCGGACGGAGAGCGGCCCAGGGGUGAGCUCCUCCGCCGUCGGGGACGCCCGCGCCAGGGGCGCGAGGGGCAACGAUGGGGCAAGGAGCCCACAGAGCGGAGGUCGGCUUCCCUGGCGGGCGCCGCCGUGGCCGGCCCCCUCUGCACGGUCUCGGCCACGUGGUCGGCGGCCCGGGCCCUCGCCCGGGGCCGCCGCGGCUGCCGCCAGAGGAGGGACAGGCCGCCCGUGCAGAGGGCCUUGAGCGCCUCGACGAGAAAGCCCCCGCCCGACCUGCUCCUGCCAAGCGCCCCGAGGCUUCCGCUUCCGCCGCCGCCAGCUCCGCGCAGUCGACGCUGCUGGGGGCGAGGAGCAUCUCCGACGUGAUGUGCCGGGCCUCGAUGUGCCUCUCGAGCAAGCCGACCGCGCGCAUCGAGGCCCACUCCUUGAACGGCCCUCGUGGCGGCCUCGUCGUCGCGGGCGUGGGCGAAGUAGGCCGCGGCGGCGCAGACCAGGGCGCUACUCUCAGGGCUGGCGCUCGGGAGGCCCAGGCGGUCUCCGCCAUAUCCUCAAGCUCAACCCUCCCCACCUCGGACCGCACCCGGAGCUCACCCUUCAGGCAAGAGAGCAUCGUCUCCACUCUGAAGAUCUUGUUGGCGAUGAUGGCGGCGGCCUGCUCCAGGUCUGCGCCGGGAUCCUCGCAGAGCCUGCCGAGGCCCGUGCGGACCUUCUGCAGGCCGAACGCGAUCGGGCUGCUGAACACAAACACGCCGAACGCCUCGACGACAGUCCUCAUGAAGACGUUCGAGUUGACUCCCACAAAAUAUUCCUGGCAAAUGUGGUGAUGAUGGACAGAACGUUAGUGCGAGGACCCGCUUCUGUUCCCGAUAGGCCGCUGGCACAGCGGCCGACGAAGGCCAUGACGCAAACCAACACGAUCAAUCCGAGGAGUAUGUCCGCUUGGGCCGCCCACGCGUGCUGGCCCCUCAGCAAGUUUCCAUGCGCACUCGCGUACUCGAUGAGCUUAUCCUUCAAGUCCUUGAGGCGCUGCGGCGUCGUGCUUUCCUCUCUUAUGACCGAUGCGAGGCGCUCUCGAAGAUGGCUGUCCAUCGCAAACAGCACAAGCACGUUCGCCAAGUGCAACAUUAGCAACAGGCUGGGGGAUGAGGUGGGGGGCGAGCCCCAACAGAGCCGCACUGAGGCGAAGCAAAGCAGCCCUGUGAGGCAGUAGCACCUUCCAGAGUUCCAGCUGGGCCCGAAUAGAUUUAACACCACCUGCAGUACAUAAGCGAGUUUAGUGAGAUUCGCUGCCAAAGAUGGCACAGGCUUCAAGAACGCUGUACUGCCUUCAGCAUGUUGCAGAUCGCAAUGGCGGAAGAGCUCGCAACGCGGCGACUGCUGAAAAAAACCGCGGCGACUGCUGAGAACAUACGCGGCGCACUCGGGAUGCCAUCGGCAUUCAGCCCUGCACUCUGCAUCAGUGAUGCUGGCUACUUCUGCAGGGGCCUGGAUUAUAGGACUGGUGCCGCCUCCUUUCGAGCAGAUUGUGCUGCUGUGAACAACCCACUUUUCCACCGCGGGUAAAGACUGCUGCAACAACGGGAUGUACAAGAGUGUGACCAUGAUGAGCAGCUGCCUCAAGAGAGGUGAGACGACCACCUCCCUGCGUCGGUGCACGGGCACCCUAGCCACACUUAACUCGAGAGAGUUUAGAGUGCGCCAGCGCGAGCGCCCAGCCACUACUGCCACAACACUCAAGGAACAAACAAUUACUGUCUCACUGCCCCAAGCGGCCGACUGGAGCCAAGCGCAAAAGGCUUCCAAGGACUUGGCGAGACGCCUGUGCUUGCCCUGCGCCCAGGUCGACCAUGAGGCGGCCGCGUCCACCUUUUCGGCUGCCUGGGAGAGUUCCAACGCCUUCUCCAAGAUGACCAGCACAUGCUUAUCCACCUCGGGGUCCUUCCCGGAUACUACGCUGGGCACCUCGGAAGGGGCCUGAAAGCUGCAGUCAGGAUGACAGCCCCGCGUGAAGGGGAGCACAGGGAUCUGCAGCCUGCGCCUCAAGUCCGCAAGGACGCCAUCGGGAUUCGGGACUGUAUGCAACCAGGUCACGACGAGGAUGGCGCCCUUCCCGAGAUUUUUGGCGUGAUUCAAAUAACUUCUCAUGGCUGGCAAUCCUUCGGGGUGCUUGAUCUGGUCCGCCCGCACGAAGAAAAGCACGGAGCCCAUCUUCUGAGCUGAAAAAAGCUUAGCCCAUCUUCCGGCGCCACUUUCCCCGCGCUCGUAGGCCUGCAUCUGGAAGCCAUGAGACACCUGGCCCUUGCAGAGCUCCUCCAGAAACUCGACCGAGAAGUUCUGUGGCCUCAGGCCCCAAGUGUCCCAAAGGUUGAUCUGGAUCCGACCGCUCUCGGUCCAGUCGUCAAGAGGAUACCGCGUCACCAUCAUUCGUCGUGUGCCCCUCCAGCGUCGCGCCGCCCAAGUUCUGCAGCUGUCUGGGCACAGGCGAAAGUGCCGAGAUCCCACUCAUGAUAUGAAGGUCGUCUUGCCCACGCCAGGCACGCCGACGAGCAGCAGGUCGUGAGCACCCUCGACCUCGAAGCUGGAGCGAGCGGCGUAGAAGGGGAAGCCGACCACCGCGGCACCCUCGGCGACGUCAAUGGCACGAUCGUUCUGCAGGGAGAUGUUCAGGCGCACCGGCAGCUCGGCGACGCUCCUGCCCUCCCCCCUCACCCGGAGCCCCACGGAGAAGACGCGCCGCCCGGGGCAGCCCAGCGCCUCCGUGAACUCGCUCGAACUCCGCAGAAAGUAGGGGGCCUCCCGCCGCCCGUCCUCGACCCAGACCCAGCUGCCCCUCGGGAUCGGCCUGCGGCAAGCCUUGCAAUUGUUCACGACCUCGAGCCGCAGCGCGACCGGCUCGCCCAGCCGGGCCUCCGCGCCCGCGAGCUCGGCGAGGAACUCGAUGUCGCCCCAGCACUCGUGCUCGAACCAGCCCAGCUCGCGCCGCCGCACGGGCCGCACCGCCAGCGCCGCCGCGGCGCAGGAGCCGAGGCACGCGAGCGAUGCCGCUCGCAGAAGCACCAUCGCCGCCCGUGGCCACU